UAACUAGAAUAGAAAUCACGAUCAGUGGAAACGACAAGUCGUGUGGGCAUGAAGAGAAAUGUUGUGGUGGAUAGAAGCUUCCCCAGUAACGAGUGGCUGGGAAUAUCGACAAACUCAGCUCAACAAUUGUGUCUGCCCAAACAAACACGCUAGCAAAAAGAACCAUGUUGAUGUUGUUCGCCGCCACUGAACACUGAACACUGAUUACUCACUCCUUCAUGGCCACUUCGCUGCUAUCUUUCUCCAUUUCGCCCACAACCUCAGCCUUCAGAUUCAAAGCCUCCGCCAUGGCUACCACCAUCGCCGCCCCUGCUACCAAGGUGGCUCCCGCCGUCAUUGUCGGCGGCGGAAGAGUGGGCAGGGCCUUGCAGGACAUGGGCACCGGCCAAGACCUCCUCGUUCGCCGAGGAGAGUCCGUACCACUCAAUUUCGAGGGCCCCAUUUUUGUGUGCACGAGGAACGAUGAUCUUGAAUCUGUGCUUCAAUCUACACCUUCUUCUAGAUGGGGUGAUUUGGUGUUCUUCCAGAACGGAAUGCUGGAGCCGUGGCUUGAGAGCAAAGGUUUGGAAGAUGCAAACCAGGUGUUGGCUUAUUUUGCUGUGUCCAAAAUUGGAGAAACCCCUAUUGAUGGUAGGACUGAUAUCAAUCCUGAAGGACUCACUGCUGCAUAUGGCAAGUGGGCUUCUAUUGUAGCUGCUAGAUUAAAUGCUGGAGGCCUCUCUUGCAAGGUUCUUGACAAGGAGGUGUUUCAAAAGCAGAUGUUGGAGAAGCUUAUAUGGAUUUGUUCCGUUAUGCUUGUUGGAGCACGUCAUGGAGGGGUUUCAGUAGGUGUCGUGGACAAGGAAUUCCGCACUGAAUUGUCCAGCCUUAUAACAGAACUGGCAUCGGCAGCAUCAAGUGAAAAGGGGUUAACAUUUGAAGAGGCCAUGGAAGAGCGCUUGUGUGCAUAUUCCCGAGCCGUAGCCCACUUUCCCACGGCAGUUAAGGAGUUCAAAUGGAGAAAUGGUUGGUUUUAUUCUCUCUCUGAGAAGGCUACGGCUCAAGGCAAGCCAGACCCAUGCCCUUUGCAUUCCCAAUGGCUAAAAGAGUUGAGAAUUGUAUGAAGCUUAAGUCUUCAACCCUAGUGUGUGUUUGUGUGUGGUGUGUGAUGUGUGGAGUGUUGUAAUUUUAAUGUUUAUUUUAAAAGAAUUUUUUAUUAUUAUUAAAAAAAUUAAUUAAAAAAUAUUAUAAAUUA